AUGAAACGCACAGUACUAAUUUUGUACUUUCUCAGCUAUUACAAAGUGACAAUCUGCCUCCGAGUGGUCGGCGUGACGGUGCCGGCGCUCAAACAACGCGGCGAGGCAGCCACUUUGGGCUGCGACUUCGACCUCGAAGGCGGCAAGCUGUACUCCGUCAAGUGGUACCGAGACAACGAGGAGUUCUAUCGCUUUAUGCCGCGGUUGCGACCGCCACAGCACGCGCAUAAAGUCGACGGGAUCAAAGUCGAUAUGGACAAAUCGAGCGCCCGCCGAGUGCACCUGAAGGAGCUCAGUCUGAAGUCUCGAGGACUCUACCGUUGCGAGGUUUCCAAAGAAGCGCCAUCUUUUCACUCGGCGCAGGCCGAAGCAUUCAUGGAGGUUAACUACUUUCCGCGCGAAAGCCCUCGCGUUAGCGGGCACGAGCGGCCCUAUUCCCCGGGAGAGCCACUCGAUGUGAACUGCUCCGCAAGGUCGUUCCCGCCGGCAGAAUUACAAUGGCACAUCGACGGACAAAAAGUUUCAGAGAGAUCGUGGCUUAUUCCCUACGGUACCCAACCGGCGGCGUCACAAGGGCUGAUGGUAUCGACGCUGGGCCUCAGAGCCCCAGCACACCCGCUAAUGCAGCUGAGCUGCAUUGCCCUGAUGGGCACACUACGUAGAGAACGUACAGUAAUAGUAGAAAUAAACUCAUCUUCCACGAAAAAGGCGUUCGGUUUAACUGUACUGACAUUAUUAGGCGUCAACAUUAGAUUUUACGACAAAAUAUUGUGA